AUGGCGGCGCGAACCAGUGCCAACAGCCUGAAUUUCCAGCUGUACCUCCUUGAGGGCCUUUACAGAUGGAACCAGGACCGUGAAGCUGCAUCUCUGGCAGUCGGGGAUCCAUCACUGCUUAGCUACUCAGGUGACCUUGUUCACUGUGUCAACUACAGUGUCAAGGUGCUUGGAAGGAAGCUUGUCCCCUCUUUUCAGCCACCUGCUGUUUACACUGGGGAGCUAAUAGGUAUAGAUUACCUAUACCGCCAGACAGGGAGGGCCUUGCAGGAUGUCCAACCUGACUCAGAGGAGACUGAGCAGAUGCUGGAAGAUGUAGGCACAGAGGAAGAGUUGGAAGAUGAGGGCUUUGAAGAUUCUGGUUUGGACCCAACCGUUGGGCUACUGGACCCAUCCUCUGGUCCAUCACCUGCCACCACCAGCUCAGCCGUCAUUCCAACUCCCACCUCUCUCCAGACCACUGCACGACCUUCAGGGCCUGCAUCUGAUAUCACUACAGCUGCACUUGAGCAACAACUGAUUGGGCAUGCUUGUCCCUGCUCUGCUGCUGCUAGUCCCUCUUCACUGCCAUCACCCAUCACCCCUGCAGCAGCACCACAACAACAACUGGUUGCAAAUGAGCAGACCACUGCACCCUCUGGCCCAACAGCUGUCCCCACCAGCCUAGCCUCUGCUCCUCCUUACAUUUCCAUCGUCUCAGCCUCUCUUGCCACUACUCCAACUACAGGUCCCUCUGGGCCACCUGCCAUGACUCCUGCAGCACCACAGCAACAGCUGGCUGUGGAUGAGCGCAAUAUCCCAGGGAUGGACAGAGUGGACAGCCUGGCACAGUACUUGGUGGGACUGAGGAAUGAAACUGGACAAACACUUAACUCCCAGCAGGCCAGUACCGUCAUAGCUCUGUGGCAGAACCUUCUACCAUAUGACCAGCAGCGUGUGGCGUACUCUGCACGGCACCAGUCGCGUCUGACAACAGGACGCUUCAGGUGCUCUAAAAAGAAACCUGAAUUUACGCCAGGUGUGGAGAGCAUGUCACGUUGCGUCCUAGGAUCUACAGGAUCCCCUGCCCAAGACUACAGCAAGAUCAGACAGCUGGUCCUGGGUAAUGGUGCAGUCAUGCAGAGCUCUACUCUGCAGUUGUUUGAUGUUAAUCAAACAACUCUUAUUCAGUGGCACAACAAGCGACUGAAGAGGCAGGAAUGUAAUAUUCUGCUGCAAGGGGUCAACUUGCCUGCCUCCAUUCCUGUUGCUCCUGUACCUCUCCCACCAGUACAGGUACGCCCCACUGCUGCACCACCACGGCCUGGACCACAACAUCACUACCACUUGCCUCAAAGUACAGCAGGACAAGCAGUGGACAAGAGGAAGACUGCAGCUCCGGCCCAACACACCCAUUCUCUGCAGUCUGCCUGCCCAAGCCCCAACCCUACCAGUAGCCCACUUGUGUAUGUGUUUUCGGCCCCACAAGUCAAUGCAUACAAACGGAUUGCUCCUGUUGGCCCCCUUUCCUCCCCACCACCUGCCCGGAGGCCUUACAAUCGGAAAGUUGACAAAAAUAAAUGUAGUCAGUGCCAACAGCCCCGGAACAAAGAAAGUGGCCACAGCCAGUAUUAUGGGUACAUAUACUGUCCCCAAAAUGCUGGUAUUCCACUUGACCAGUGGAUGGAGGAGAUGCGGAAGAAGAGGGCAGAUAAGAAAUAG